AUCCACUACAAGGGUGUUGUGUGUGGUCAUCAGUGGUGCGGGUGUGGGUGCGCCCCUGACAACCUGAGACCUCUCCAGCUCUCUCCUUUCCAGAUGUUGAGAAAACAUCUUUCUCCUCAGAGAAACACACACGACACAAACAGACAAUACAAUAAUAUCAGAUGGCCUCGACAGCGGCCGUCACGGACGAGCCAACCCACGCGAAUGGCAGCACCCCCCGCGCUUCCUCAGCAGCUGCCGCGAGCUCCAACCCUGAAUUCGACGCUUCCAAGCUCCAGGGCUUAUCGUCUGAGCAGCAGGAACUUUUGGUUCUGAACUUUGUCGCUGCCCUCAGCAAACAUGUCCUUGCGCUGCCACCAGACGACUGUACCGCCCAGCAGGUCUACAUGAAAAAGGAGAUUUUCAAAAUCAUAAACCUCGCCGCCCCGUCACCGAGCCGCGUCAUACGUAACACGUUGGGCAAAUGUCUGGCGCACAUAUUUGGCUUGGGGGAUAGGAAGCUGCUGUUUGAGACGGUCAACGAGCUUGUGGGGAUUAUCUCGGGAGGCAAGUCCAAGAUUGAAAGCGAGAACAGGACGAGACACGCUGCGGUGGUGUGUCUGGGGGAUAUCUAUGGUGCGGCCGGAGACAGCGCGAUUGGGUUGUAUCAGUUGGUGUGCUCGGCUUUGCUGAAGCUGUUGAAGGCUUCUUCGAGCAAUGCUGGACUGCGUGCGGCGAUAUUUACGGCGCUUGGCAAGGUGGCCAAGAUGCUGGGAGGGAGUCUGGACGAGAGCAUUGCUAGGGAUAUCUGGAAGCAGUGCAGGAGUUAUGCGACGAGUGACAAAGGGUCGCUGGUGAUCAUCUCGGCCUGCCGAUGCAUGCGCUCGUUGGUGCAGCACACGCCCUACUUUCAGAACUCGACCGAUUUCGACAAGCUCCGGUCCUGUGUUUUCAAGGUCUGGGACUCGCCGUCGUCUCAUGUGCGAUCUGCCGCCGCCGAUUGCUUCGCUGAGGCCCUUGUCUGUGGCUACUCGCCCGCGGCCGUUGGGGAGGCGCCCCUCGUGCUGCUGAAAAGAUCCAAAUCAAAGGCUGUCAAGAGGCAGUCUAUGCAGCCUGGAGCUUUGCAAGACGAGGAUGACAUCAUUCCUUCCAGACCCUCGAGUCCGGCGCCAACAGGCAAAAAGUCCCAGGUGCUGGCGCUGUCACUGAUUGACAUGUUCAAGGUGUUGACUACCGAAUAUGUUCGCAUGUCAACGAGCAACAAAGCCAGGGCGGCGAUUGCGAUAUGUUAUGGCAACAUGCUUCAGAAGCUGGGCGAGAAGACUGUGGAAACCAACUAUAUCAAAAUGUUGGAGAACUUGACCACCGACGUGUUGGGCCACAGUAAUAUCUUCAACUAUCGAUAUCGAUUGCUUAUUUCACGGCGCAUGAUUGAGAUUAUUCUUCAAAAUAUAGUCGGAAAGAGGAUUCUGGGCGAGUCUGGGCAAAUCAGUGCUGCCAAGUCCAUCAUCAACAACAUCCUCAAGAACUACCCGGAAGUGGUCAAGGAAAGACCAGAGCCGACAAAGCAGACGCUGAUUGUUUCGUUGAGCGCCCUGUCAUCCCUGAUCAACACCUUGGGUUCGGCUUCGAAUGCUUUUGCCGAGUCCUGCCGUGAUGGUUUGCUCCAAGUCUUGCAACACCCAAGCUAUACUGUGCAGGUUCAUGCCUCGGCAUGCUUGAAGACGUUCGGUCUGGCAUGCCCGCAGCAACUAUUACACUGUCUCUCGGUGUGCAUGAACAGUCUCGGUAGGGAGUUGGGACUGCUCGGCAGUGGAAGAAACUCACCUCGUCGCUGCAUUGGUUUUGCCCAUGGCCUCUCGGCUGGUCUCAGCGCCAGCCCACAGCGCCCCCUGUACGGGUCGGUCGAUGUCAACAGUCGGGUGCUUACCAUGGCCACAAACCUCCUCAAGUCGAGUGGCACUUCUGAGUUGAGGGUAGCCAGCACUCAAAUUCAGGUCGCCUGGACUCUCAUCGGAGGUCUGAUGUCUCUCGGACCCAACUUUGUCAAGAUUCAUCUCUCCCAGUUGCUUCUACUAUGGAAGAAUGCUUUGCCCAAGGUUCUCUCCAAAGACAGCUCGAUUCAUAGGAACUACCUCAACGCUUCGUUUCUCACCCACGUCCGAGAAUGCGCCCUCGGAUCUAUUCUCGCUUUCCUCGAGUCCAACAGCCGUCUUUUGACUGUUGAUGUCUCGAAGCGGAUUGCCACUAUGCUUCAGAGCACUACUGCUUUUUUGAGAACACUCCCAUCGAAGAAGACAGCCGAGGACAUCAGCGAACGACUCUUCCCUUCCCUUCAGCUUCAAGAUUUGGAGAUUAUGGUGCAGAGGAGAGUUCUGCAGUGCUACACCAAACUAGUCAACAUCAGCCCAGCAGGCGGCACCGAGGCUUUACUUCAAUCCAACCUCCUCACCUUGGCCAUUUCGCUGUUUGCAGACCCGGACAACUACACCCCUUCCUCCCUCAGCGCCUCCAUCGCCAACUCUGCCGGCAACUUUGAGAGCAUCUGGGACAUUGGCGACAACUCUGGGUUCGGUAUCACGGGAGCCGUCCGAGGGUUUGACAUCCGGCCCCUUCCAGGCCAGCACGAAAACCCCGAAGAAAGGACUUCUGGACAACAAAGUCCAGAGGAGGAAAUUCGAAAGCUGCUGCUCUCGCCUAUUUGCGGGACGCUUGAGCAUGAUGCCUCGCUUCUGUAUAUCGGCAGCCGAGAGGGCCCUUCUCUGCCCGAUCCUGCUGCCACAGAGGUGGUGAACAUGGCUAUUCAGCUCUUUGCGUUUGUCUUUCCUUUGACACCGCCAAAGGUGCAGGAGAGUGUGCUAGAGCAGGUGACUACUUUUGUUGCGGCAGGGAGUUUACAGCGGGAUCCGGGGAGGAAGGCGGCGAUCACGGUGAAUGUGGCUAUGAGCUUGCUGGAGGUGUUACGGGUUGCGGUGAGGGAGACGAAGUCCCCUGGUGGGAACGUCACCAACCCCGCGGUGGAGAAGCUGAUGCAGGAGCUGCUGAGGGAUUUUGUCAUUGAUCGGGAUCAGUACGUCAGGGCUAUUGCCUAUGAGGCGGUGGCGCGGCUGUGUUCGACGUGUGGAAACGCGUUUACCAAUCAGGAGAUCAAGUUUUUGGUUGACACGAUUGUUGUCAACAGGGAGCCGAGCGCAAGGGCGGGGUGUGCGAUGGCGUUGGGGUGCAUACAGGCCAAGAUUGGGAGCAUGGCGGCGGGGUAUCAUUUGAAGACUAUAUUGAAUAUUCUGAUGAGUCUGUGCAAUGAUCCGCACCCGACGGUGCACUACUGGGCGUUGGAGGCGAUGGGGAGGGUGAGCGAGGCGAGCGGGUUGGGGUUUGGGAGUUAUGUCAGUGCGACGUUGGGGGUGUUGGGGAGUUUGUAUUUUGCCGAGACGCACAAUGCGGAGACGGCGCUGCCGGCGAGUAUGAAUUUGGAGGUUGAGUACGGGACUACGGCGGCGAUUGCGAGGGGGGUGGAUAGUUUGAUUAAUGUGCUUGGGCCGGACUUGCAGGACUCGACAAAGUCGAGGGAGUUGAUCUUGACGCUGGUGGGUUUUUUUGGGAAGGAGGAGGGCGAUUUGGAGACGCAGAGGGGGAGUUUGGUUUGUUUGGAGCAUUUGACGCUGUAUGCGCCGGGGUAUGUGGAUUUUAAAGAGUAUGUGAGGACGUUGCAGAGGUAUUUGGUUAGGGGGGGCGGCGGGGAUGAGAAGGGAUUGAGGGAUGUGGCGGUGGAUGGGUUGCAUAAUCUGAUGAAGAGGAAUCCGUAUGAUGUUAUUGAGGCGGCGGAAAGGGGGUUUGAGGAUCAGUUGUGGUUGGUGCUGGAUGAGGAUCCGGGGCAUGAGGGGAUGAGGAAUACGAUUAGGAAUUGGAUGAGGCAGACUUGUGUGCCGAAUACGACGGCUUGGUUGGCGAGGUUUCAACAUGUGUUGAAGAUGACGAGGCCGAAGGAGGCGGUUAGGGCGACGGCGGUGACGAAGAAGAGCAACGGGGGGCUUGAGUUGCAGGAUGAGGAGGUUGCUGGGUUUGCUGCUGGGGCCGCGAAAGAUGAUGCUUCUGCGCCGAGCGGGUCAGAUGUUGAGCCGUUGAGGUGGCAGGUUACUACCUUUGCGAUGGAGUGUUUGCAUGACAUCUUUACCAUCGUCACCAAGGAGGUUGCUUCUCAUGGCGAGUCUGAGGCUUAUACGGCACUGCAGAGCAAGGUUGCCGAUGUGGUCCGUAUGGCCUUCUCGGCGUCUACGUCUGGCGUCGUUGAGCAACGGAUUUGGGGUCUCAAGAUCAUCGGUGCUGUGCUCAAGAUGUUUGGAAAGACACCGGAUCCUGACUUUGAGGAAGCCAUGCUGCUAGAGCAGUACCAGGCCCAGAUCAGCUCUGCCCUGACACCUGCCUUUGCAGCAGAUUCAUCUCCUGAACUGGCAGCCGAGGCAGUUGAUGUUUGUGCCGGCUUCAUUUCAACCGGCAUCGUCACAGACGUGGACAGGAUGGGGAGAAUUCUCAAGACCUUGGUCAGCUCGCUGGAGAACUUUGCCACAGAAGAUGAGAAUGCUGGUAUCGGCGAUCUCAAGGGCCUCAGUUCAAACGCCAGGGUCAUGGUCAAGAUGUCCGUGUUUGGUGCCUGGGCUGAGCUUCAGGUUGCUAGCUCUGAGCAGAAGUAUCUACUGGACGUGCUCAAGCCACAUAUUGGCACGUUGACACCUCUUUGGCUGGAGUCUCUGCGCGAGUUUGCCAGGCUGCGCUUCGAGCCGGAUAUCUCCAUGACUCUGGGACCCCCCUCACUUUCUGGUAGCUUGGAUACAGUCUAUGCUGCCCUGAACCGUGAGACGCAGCUCAAGUUUUAUCAAGAUUCUUGGCUCAAGCUGGUGGAUGCCAUCGCCAGUCUUAUUGAGCAGGACAGCGAGUUUGUCUUUGAUGCGUUGGACGGCAAGGAGGUGACUGGUCCGAACAGCACGAAUGGGGGAGGGUCCAAGGGUGCUGAUAUCAACUAUCGGGAUGAGCCCCUGGCCUUUUUCUUUGUGCUUUUUGGUGUUGCUUUUGAGGCAUUGGCGACCAAGCCGGGGCAGAGUGAAUCGCUGGCGACGCAGGAACAGACUUUGGCUAUUCUCAAGGCGCUGAAGAAGAUUCUGCACCCGAGCGUCUCUGGUCAUGCGAUUUAUAGAGAUGCUAUCUUCUCCGAGACAAUGGAUCUCUUGGAUAGACUUGUUCUCACCGAGGAACUUGACGUUCAGGGAGUUAUCGUCGAAAUUGCGAGGGCUCUAUGCGUUGCCCACCCUGCAGCAAGGAAGAAGAACGAGGCCGAUAGCGGGGAGCUAUCCGAGGACAUUGAGCAGCUGUUUGAGCUCACUCGGAUCAUUGUCUUGGUGUUGUCCGGCCUGCUGCCUGGUCUGAGCGAGACCCCUCAACCAAUGCGUCACCAAAUGACGGAAGAGGCGGUGUUGCUAAUCAAGACAGCGUUGAACGCACUGGUUGAUGCUGCUGAGGUGUUCCCCCCCGUCAUCAAGACAGACCUCCAUGCCUGCAUUAUCCAUAUCUUUGCUACCACCCUCGCCAACUCUGCCUGCCAGGAGGUGAUUGUACCGCAGUCACUCCCCACUCUGAAGCGGUUCAUCAGUAGCAUGUCGCAAUCUAGAAGGGUAAACGAUGACGAGGAGCACUCGGCGACGGAUAUCCAACUUUUGGGAUGCCUGAGAAGGUUCCUGUCGAUUUACCUCAAGGGUCAGCAGAGGGAAACACCGGCCAGUCUGGGGUGUGUCAAGAAUUGCUUACUGGCUAUGACGAUCUUGUUUACGGCGGGGGAGAACCAUUUGCGGGGGAGUGAGCCGCUUGUGGCGAGGUUUUUGGAGGAGGUGGUGGAUUGUUUGACUGAUCGGAUGACGGCAAAAAUGGCAGCCAACUGCCUCCGCUCUUUGCUUCUCCACGCGGGCAGCAAGAAGACUGUCGCUGACCUGACAAUCACACGGUUCUUGUUCCCCCGUCUGAUCGCCUUUGUGACGGACACCAACAGGGAAGACCCGGAAAACGCCCGGAUGCUGGUCGCGCAGGCGUUGUGUCAGUAUGUAGGGACUUUGUCGAAGGAUCACAGCCCGAUUGCCAUGGCGUUGGUCAUUCCCAUGUUGCUGUCUAGGGCGGCGAGCGAGGAUGAUGUGCAGGAUGGUGGGGUGAUUGCGAAGGAGACGUCGGCGAGGUUGCUGGAGCUGGCGAGCGUGGACCAGAGCGCGUUUAGGGCUGUGGUUGGGGGGAUGGGGGAGGAGCAGAGGGGGUUUAUGGAGGGGGUUAUCAGGAGUGGGAGGGCGUUGGGGCAGGGGCGGGAUAAGGGGGGGCAAGGGGAGGAGGAGGAAAGGCCGACGAUUGCGCUGAAGAUGAAUUUUGGGGGUUGA